UGUCAGUAUCCGGUUGCAGCUUUCUUGAAUUUUUUUUCCUUUUGUUUAUUUUGGGAUUUUUUUUUUCUUUCUUAAACGGAAGGGUGAAGAGAGCGGAGCGGAAACGGAACCGGAGCAAAUAGAGUCGAAGUGAGGAGGAAAAAGCGUCGUGUUCCGUGCGGCCUCUUGUCUCAUCCUGUGGGCGGAUUGUGUAAUGCGAAGGGGAGCGACAGACUAGGAGAAGGGAAGGGCGCCGGACACAGAAGAGAGAGACUCCGCUCCUGAGAGCAGUCAGACGCCGUGUGUGACCCCGGGCCUCCCGCCCUCCUCCGUGCCCGCAGGAUGGCCUCGGCUCUGUACGCCUGCACCAAGUGUAACCAGCGGUACCCGUUCGAGGAGCUCUCCCAGGGCCAGCAGCUCUGCAAGGAGUGUCGCAUCGCUCAUCCUAUGGUCAAGUGCACGUACUGCCGAUCCGAAUUUCAGCAGGAGAGUAAAACCAACACUAUAUGCAAGAAAUGUGCGCAAAAUGUUAAGCAGUUUGGGACGCCUAAGCCUUGUCAAUACUGUAAUAUUAUAGCAGCGUUCAUUGGCACCAAGUGUCAGCGCUGCACCAACUCAGAGAAAAAAUACGGACCUCCACAAACCUGUGAACAAUGCAAACAGCAGUGCGCUUUUGACCGGAAGGAAGAAGGUAGAAGAAAGGUUGAUGGGAAGUUGCUGUGUUGGCUUUGCACGCUCUCCUACAAGAGGGUUCUCCAGAAGACUAAGGAGCAGCGGAAAAGCUUGGGCUCCACCCACUCUAAUUCUUCAUCCUCUUCUCUUACCGAGAAAGACCAGCAUCAUUCUAAACACCAUCAUCACCACCAUCAUCACCACCACCGGCAUAGCAGCAGCCACCACAAAUUAAGUAGCCUAAGCCCUGAAGUAGACCAGGGAAUUUGGAAGCAAAGUCAUAAAUCCACUACAGCAAUUCAGAACGAAACUCCAAAGAAAAAGCCCAAAUUGGAAACCAAGCCAUCCAAUGGAGACAGCAUGUAUUAUUUUAGUAGUUCGAUCAAUCAGUCGACGGACAGCAGCGGUACAGACAACUUUGUCCUUAUCAGUCAAUUGAAAGAGGAAGUUAUGUCGCUGAAGCGUCUCCUGCAGCAGAGAGAUCAGACUAUUCUAGAAAAGGAUAAAAAGCUUACAGAACUGAAGGCAGAUUUCCAGUAUCAAGAGAAUAAUUUGAGGACAAAGAUGAAUGGCAUGGAAAAAGCUCACAAAGAAUCUGUGGAGCAGUUGCAGGGCAAAAAUCGAGAAUUGCUGAAGCAGGUCGCAGCUUUAUCAAAGGGUAAAAAGUUUGACAAAAGCGGCAGCAUCCUGACCUCUCCUUGAGGACCUGUCUAGCUUGGAGGACUUGGUUUAGAUUUUUUUUUUUUACUACUAUUCUGUGAAGCCCUUAAAAAUGAUCUAGUAACAAGGGAAUCUUCUAGCCUUUAUCUUUUAGUUUUUUACCAGACUUAGUAAUCAAUUUUAAUGAGACAAAAAGCAACUUCAACUGGCUUGAGGACACCUGGUUAUUUCUGCAGAACGCAUCGCGCCAUUUUCAGAAAUACAUACGGCAAUAAAACGUAAGCUAAACAGCUGCUGGCCUUGUGCUAUUAGGCGGCUGACAUCUGCUGUGACAAAUACAUGACUACAGUAUUUGCUUUUGGGGGGAUGAGAUUAUUAUUUUUUUAUUUUACAAUCUCAUUACUGGAUUAUUGCUGGUUCUCAAACCUCCCCGUCCUUUCACCUUCUGCUGACAAGACAAAAACGGUUGCUUUGCCAGUGGCUCUGUUCACACUUAUGUUAAAAUUUCCUUUUUUUCGGCUCUGUAAUUGGAUGAGAGAAAAGAAAAUAACUGCUGGCUGGAUUCAUCAUACGACAGGCCCAAGUGGAGGUCCAUCAGAUUUCCAUCAUGGUGUCAGUCAGACGUAUGAACAGAGCCAUGAAGGGGUUUUCCGGUUAAUAGAUAUUGAUGGCCUUUCCUCAGGAUACGUCAUCAGUAUUGGAUCGGUGGGAGUCCGACACCUGGCACCUCACCAGUCGGGCAGCCUCUGGAAACUAUACAGUGGGUGGAAGGCUCCGUCCACUCUAGUUUUGGGAGCUCAGACAUGGUACCCCGACAUGCCACUAUAUGGGACAAAACAUUCUGCCUCUCUCCACUUAUAGCUGAUCGUGGGGGGAGCGGGGUGUUGGACCCCCACUGAUCUUUUGUUGAUUACCUAUCCAUCAAUAUCUAAUGGAAACCCCCUCUUUAGUCAGUAUAUAAAGUCUUUCCAUUUUAGUUAAGAAGAAAUAAAGUAUUUAAAUAUAAAUCCUUGUGAAUGAUCCCCCUUUACAUGCAGUUCUAUCUGUUUCAGGGAAACUGGAGCAAAGCUUUUUUACCUUUCCAGCUCCCUUGGCUUAAUAGACUCCUUACAAGAGAGAUUGAGACAGGCAAUUACUGCAUUUCCCAGGGAAAGACUGGUGACCAGACAUCUAAGGGCUCUGACAGUGCCCGCUAUUCGAGCAGGACUAGCGCCAAUGGCUGACAAACAUGGCACUCGUUUGCAGCAGCCCAUUACAACGGCCGAUGCUAAGUGAAUGUUGGAGAAAUGAUGGCUGUCAUAGGCGUUCCUCUCGUUCCGUUCUGAUGGUUAUUGGCAGCCCCUACCUGAUUACAUAGGGGUAUAUGCUGCCCAAUCCUGAUGAAAGAUGCCAAGCAGUUGCUCAUUGAUCAGCGGCACGAUUUAUACUGGCCAAUUACUGGGAAUGUGCAGUCCUAGGAAGGCUUGUUCCCCAUAAUUGUCCCCAAAAUCAUUAGGUGUAAUAGGGCCCUAAGUGCUUCGGUGACAUCCAGCUAUUCCAGAAACAGGUUAUCUUGACAGGAGGAUCAUUCAAGGACUUGUAUUUACUGAAUAUCCACCUAUAGCAACAUUUGUAAGUCCUACCGGUACAUUCCGAGGAAAUUAUUUCUUAAUCUCGACUAACUUCCAGUUUUUCUGAUACAGACCUCCGAAUCCCCAGCCUAAUUCAUUAAAUUCUGACUUCCUACAGCUUUUUACAAGUUUUUAUGUCGCUCAUAUUUCCUAAAAAAAAUAAAAAAUUUUACACAUCACAAAUUUUCCGUAACUGUAUUUUAACAUAACCCUGAAAUCCAACAGUAUUUACUGAGCCUCAUUUAAGGCUGACACCUCUGUAGCGAGCGCUUCUCAGCAGACAUCUCAUUGUUGUCACAGGCAGGAUUGCAAUGACCGAUAUCGCCUGUCACAGCUGCUCAGGCAAGAUGGCUGCCCCCAUGAUGCACAGAAAAUAGAAUUGGGUGGUACACUAUUGAAACUGAGCCCGAUUUGUAUUUACCUGUCUCUGAGCAGGGGAUUUGGAGCUCUGUAUUAGAAAACAUGGAAACCAUGUAAAGAUUUUAUAUUUUUUUUCCCCCCAUGCAAUCUGCACAAAGACCAGCAUUUUGGACUGUUGUGGAUGAUUUUCCAGUGCGGCCAUUCGCAUUAAGGAGAAUGCAGCGAUCCGCCAUCUUUGUAGUAGUUACCAGAAUGAAGACUAUUCCUCACUUUUGUACAGUGCCUGCGUGCUUUUGUAAGAUAUGUUGUGGAUUUUUACUUGCAAGUGCCUUUGGUGUUCCUUUUAAUUUAUAGGAGUGUUGAGGGAGUCGUGUACAUAGAAAUCUUUGUCUGUAUUGAAAUCAUGUUUUCAUUUUUGUACAUGUAUCUAGCGGUCAGGCGUUUAACCUCUCUUGUGCCAAAGGGCCAGGGAAAGGAUUGCUCCAUUCUGGCGUAGAAGUGAUCAGGACUAGGAAUGACCUUUACUGUUGCCUGAACCAGGUCACCUGCAUGACGUUUGCCUAUUCUUCCCGGUCACUGUCCAGACGGACUUCUUUGAAGGCUAAACGUGGGGUGGAAAUUGCCUCCCAUCGUUGUCAGCGGGAGGCUGGGGAUUACGGCCGCAGCGCUCCGCUUUCUUGGCUUGGUCACAGCAAUAAGUGGCUAUUCACAUGACCGUAUUUUCGGUUUGUGUCCAAUGCAAAUAUUUUGCGGAUCACACACAGACCCGUUCAUUUCAAUGGGGCUGCAAAACAUGUGGACUGCAGCGCACCGUUUUGCAGACAAGAAUAUUGUUACAAUGGGGCCCGCAAAAAGUGUGGGAUGCACACAGACAACAUCGGUGAAACUGAUACGCUCGUGUAUAGCCCCUAAACCUGUGAAUGGCCAGUUGUUACAUGGCUUGUAAGACCAGAUGUCCAACCCCUGUGACUAAUGAAUGCAAGUUAAAUCCCAUCAAACACUAGAACGACCACAGUUCGCUUAAUACACUUAGUAAUAGAUAAAACAUUGGGGAAUUUUAAUCCAUAUUUCGCCCAAUCGUGAUCCUUUCACUGGGCUGUGGUCGCGGCGCUCUGCAGAUCCGUGUCAGCUUGUACCGCCUAAAGCUUCCAAAAAGAGAAAAACCUUCAGCACUCGCCAAAAAAAAAAGUCCAAAUAAUUUAUUUCAUCCAUAUUAAAAGGCGAUGUAGGUACUCUCUUACUAGCGUGUUUUGGGUGAAGCCCUGAAACGUGUUGGUAAGGCAUCUUUUAAUAUGGAUUUAAUAAAGUAUUUAUGGGGUAAUUUAUGAAACUAGUGUAAAGUAGAACUGAUUCCACCUUUUAAUUUUUGAGAGCUCUUUUGAAAAAUGAAGGGUGGAAUCUGAUUGGUUGCUAGGGGCAACUAAGUAAUUUCUACUUUACACCAGUUUGAUAAAUGACCCUAUUAGGUUUUAUUUUGUGCCGAAUGUUAUUUUUCAUUUUGGAAUGAUUUUUUUAUUUGCAGGUGCAGUUGUUAUUUUGGGGUGAAAUGGUCAGAACCUGUUUUUUAUUUUUGUUGUUCUCAGAUCAUGCUGCAAUUUCAUUCUUUUACAUAAGUCUUGCAUUGAAGACUUGUGGUGUUAUAUGCCCAGGUGAAAUGGUGUUAACAUUUGGUCCUGUGUAUGAGGCAACCAUAUUCCCGGUCCCCCAUCUUGCUUUUUACAUCCAGAUAUUCUAUUUCUGUGAGCAGUGCAUUAAAAAAAGGUCAGCAGCUGCAGCGCUAGUUUAUACGGCCCGUUUGUAUGCGACCUGUUAAUUAGGUUCGUCAGAUGCCACAGUAAAGGAAUUUGUAUAAGGGGACAUUCACACGAUUAUGUUUUUUUUUGUUUUUUUUUUGCACUAUUUGGGCAUAUGGAUGUAAAUGUGGGAUGGGGGGCUAUUAGCCAGGGCAAAGAGCUGCUUCGUGGAGGGACUCUCUGGUUCUCUCUCCUUAAUGGAGUAUUCCUGUCUCAAAUGUUUAUAGCAUAUCUAUAAAUGUCUGAAAGGCACGUCUCGCCUUUAGGACCCACACCUAAGUGUACGCUUCCAUAGCCCUCCCUAAAAGCGAGGUGCUCGCUGUCCUAUGCCGUUUCGGUAACUCCCAUUUAGUUAUAUGGAGCCAUGUAAAGUCUAGCGCGGCACAGUCGGCUGUUUCCUUAGUUCUGGCCACCACAUUUUGACUGGACGAGGUCAUGGGCUGCCCAUCCUGAGAGAGAAAUUACUUGCCAAUAACCAUACAGAUCAUUGGUGUUACCCAUAUAAGCUACAUAAACCAAUGUAGUAGUGUAUCCUUAAAGGGGUUCUCCCAUGAUUGAUCUAAAAAUGAAAAUCAUACGUCGUACAGUACAUGCCAAUCUUUUUAUAACAAAGCUAGAACCAGCCCUGUACCUUACAUGGAUCAGAGAUCUCCACAUUCAUUGCUUCAAUUGCUCUUCUAGAUGUAGUUUAGGCAGACGGCUCAGGGGCUGUGUCCUUUCUGCUGCAGUUCCCACCCCCCCCCCCCCCCCCCCCCACCCCUUAACUAUCACAGCUUAUAACUUAAGAUACAGCUGCUGACAGUUCAAGGGUGGAACUGAGCAUGUGCAACCGACCUCAGUAGCUGGACGUGCACAUUACUAUACAGAUUAAACACCAGGGGGAGACAUUAGUGAAGUUAAGAGAAUAUCUCACAACUGGAGCAUUUUUUUUACCAAAGUAUAUUAUCCGGGAAAUUAUAUCCUCAGGAUAGGUCAUCAAUAACAGAUUGGCAUGGGUCUGAUGCCCAGGACCCAUGUGAUGUCACUGUACAUCAGGUCACAUGGCCUACUUGCAGCUCAGCCACAUCCAAAUCAAUGGAGUUGGGCUGCAAUAGCAAUUUCUAAAGAACUAGUAAUUCAUGCUGUAAGUAAUAUUUAAUGGUGGCACAGCCCUUUUAAGUUUAGGCCAGUCUUGGAAUUUGCCCACAUUUAGUCUUCAAUUAGUCUGUGUUGUAUGGGUAGAGUACUCCUUAAUACUUGGCCAAUUUUACAUAAUUUAAAAUCGAAUCAAUCUGCUAUGGGGGGGCGGGCUUCACUUAUUUAUGUAGAAUUAUUAAAUAGUUUGGGAGUUAGUACAGGUUUUUUUAUUUAAUUUUAGUCUGGCGAGAAUCAGGAUAAAGUUACCGUAUAUGUAUAUAUUUAGAGCCCAACACUGUUAGUUGUCUAAUUAAACCGAGCAAUGAACUGGAUUUGUCUGAAUUUUAUUUAGCAUAUUUAAAAAAAAAUAAAGAUUUUAAAAAAUACACACAUUGUACAGGUUUAUUUUAUGUGAAGACUGUAAUAAGCUUUUUUUAAUUUUUAUUUUAUCCCUCCUUUUCCUUUUUUUAUCAUAAGGUCAUAUAAAUAACAGCAAGUACCU